CCCCCUGCGGGCGCCAGCGGCGCGGCGCAGCCCCAUGGAGCGGGUGAGCGAGGCCGCCGCCUGCGGCCCCUCGGCGGGCUGCUACACGUACCAGGUGAGCCGGCACAGCGCCGACAUGCUGCACAGCCUCAACCAGCAGCGCAAGAACGGCGGCCGCUUCUGCGACGUGCUGCUGCGCGUGGGCGACGAGAGCUUCCCGGCGCACCGGGCCGUGCUGGCCGCUUGUAGCGAGUACUUCGAAUCGGUUUUCAGCGCGCAGCUAGGCGACGGGGCAGGUGGCGGCGGCGGCGCGGAGGGGGGCGCGACGGAGGCGGCGGCUGGCGGUGCUCCCGGGGGCGGGCGGGAGCUGGAGAUGCACACCAUCAGCUCCAAGGUGUUCGGAGACAUCCUGGACUUCGCCUACACGUCGCGCAUCGUGGUGCGGUUGGAGAGCUUCCCGGAGCUCAUGACGGCCGCCAAGUUCCUGCUGAUGCGCUCCGUGAUUGACAUCUGCCAGGAAGUCAUCAAGCAGUCCAACGUGCAGAUCCUCGUGCCCCCUGCACGCCCUGACAUUAUGCUCUUCCGUCCAGGGGCUGCUGACCUCGGCUUCCCUCUUGACAUGACCAACGGUGCCACUUUAGCACCCAAUGGCAACGGCAUUGCUGGCAUGCCCGAAGAUGAGGCCACACGGGCCACGCUCACUGCUGCACAGUCCUCCCUGCCUGUGCUGCAGGGUGUGGACCGCCUGCCCAUGGUGGCAGGACCUCUGUCCCCACCACUGCUGGCCUCACCUUUCCAAAAUGUUGCUGCUAGUGCCCCCACUUUAAGCACCAAGAGGGGCAGAGGGCGUCCUCGUAAAGCCAAUCUCUUGGACUCCAUGAUGUUUGGUGCCCCAGGAGGCCUGCGAGAGGCUGGUAUCCUGCCUUGUGGCCUCUGCGGGAAAGUGUUUACAGAUGCCAGUCGUCUUCGUCAACAUGAGGCUCAGCACGGGGUGACGAGCCUGCAGCUGGGCUACAUAGACAUCCCUCCCCCAAGACUGGGUGAAAAUGGUAUUCCUGGUCCAGAUGACCCCGAUGCGCCCCGAAAAAGAAGCAGGACGAGGAAGCAGGUGGCCUGUGAAAUCUGUGGCAAGAUUUUUCGGGACGUGUACCACCUAAACCGGCACAAGCUGUCUCACUCUGGCGAGAAGCCUUACUCUUGUCCGGUGUGUGGCUUGCGGUUCAAGCGGAAGGACAGGAUGUCCUAUCAUGUUCGAUCUCACGACGGCUCUGUGGGAAAGCCCUACAUCUGCCAGAGCUGUGGAAAAGGCUUUUCCAGGCCAGACCACUUGAAUGGACACAUCAAACAGGUGCAUACCUCAGAGAGACCUCACAAGUGUCAGCAGGAAAAUGGCAGCCACCAUGGAAUAAGCUCAGAGACAUCCACAUCCAUAGAAAAGUUGAACCUUCAAGAGACCUGUAAUGCUUCCUUUGCCACUCGUGACCGACUGCGCUCACACCUAGCAUGUCAUGAAGACAAAGUUCCGUGCCAGGUGUGUGGGAAGUACUUGAGAGCAGCAUACAUGGCAGAUCAUUUGAAGAAGCAUAGUGAAGGACCAAGCAAUUUCUGCACCAUCUGUAACCGAGGUUUCUCCUCUGCCUCCUACUUAAAGGUCCAUGUUAAAACCCACCACGGUGUUCCCCUUCCCCAGGUCUCCAGGCACCAGGAGUCCAUCCCGAAUGGGGGAGCAGCGUUCCACUGCGUCAGGACCUAUGGCAUCAAAGAAGGCCAGAAAUGUUCACAUUCGGACCCGAUUGAGAGUUCUGAUUCAUACGGAGACCUCUCUGACACCAGUGACCUCAAGACUCCUGAGAAACAGAGCACCAAUGGGUCCUUCUCGUGUGACAUGGCAGUCAGCAAAAACAAAAUGGAGACGGAAGGAGAGAAGAAGUACCCUUGCCCUGAGUGUGGCAGCUUUUUCAGAUCAAAGUCUUAUCUGAACAAACACAUACAGAAGGUUCACGUCAGGGCCCUUGGUGGCCCACUGGGGGACCUUGGUCCUGCUCUAGGAUCCCCCUUUUCACCCCAACAGAACAUGUCUCUCUUGGAGUCCUUCGGGUUUCAGAUCGUCCAGUCAGCAUUUGCAUCAUCCUUAGUGGAUCCAGAGGUCGACCAGCAACCAAUGGGGCCAGAGGGAAAAUGAGAUCGGUUUGAUCCUAACAAAGCAAAGCAGCAGUCUGGCUAUAAUGAUAAGAUGCUGUGAAUGAAAGAGGAAAUAAUGAAAUUUGGUUCUUAGCUGAGAAUUUUGUAUUCAUUUUAGCUUCCCCCCUCCUCUCAUGCCCUACCCCACCUUUAAGCCUUUACUGGGGAGAGGGAGCAAAUGCUUCUUAGCUGAUAAAUUGCAGAAGUUGGUGACCCUGAGUAAAGACGUGACCUAAAACACCAAGUGGAGCUUCAGUGGCUGCUGAUGGUGUUUUGUCAUGAACUAGAAUAAACAGAAGUUGCCAGCACUGAUCUGGGAAUCAGACAGUCCUAGUGACCCAGGCACCCAGGGAACUACAGCUACAGGGAGCUAUGCUUUUGUUCUCUCUCCAGUCCCCACCCUCCCUAAUCCACCCCAGAGAAAAAAGUAAGUUUGAGAAGCAGCCCUGUUGUUGAGUCCUCCAUGGAACAGAGUACCCCUGGUACCCAGCAGGUACAGCACAGCAGUGCUUUUAAACCCAGAAAUGCCGGAACAAUUGGAACCCCUUCUGCCAUUUGUGAGGCUGUGAGUGCUGCAGCAGGACUGAGCUGCUGACAAAAAUCACUAUUCCGAAGAGGCUGGGUUUUUUACUUCUAACCAUUAAACUUGGUGUCAAGUUCUUGAUUCUCUAUUGUUUUAGGACCUGUUGUAGUGAAUGGCUACUGAAAAGUCGGUCUGAGGCGAUGAGCAGAGCACUCUUAAAGCAGCAGUCACAGUAGGGUUAGUAUUUUUUUUUAGAUUAAUUAAUAUCUUGGCUAGUUGAUUGUUUUAAGUCUAUGAAAGAAAUAGUUUUAUGAAAAAAAAAAGAAAAAGAAAAAAAAAAGAAGGAAAAAUCCCAUUGCAGUCUGCUUGACUGGUGCUCAUUUGUCAUGUGGGGACCUAGGGUGUGAAAACGAUCAGCUCUUGGGUUAACAACUGUGUACCACUGACUCGUUUAGUGUGGAUGAACCCAGGGGUUCACAGAGUGCUUUUGCUGACCUGGACUGGACUCCAUUAAAGAAGUUAGUAUGUUACUGCACAUCCCCUCGUUUGGUCUGGUUUUUGAGCAGUUUAGCCACCUGUCCAAAAGGUGUGCAAAUGUGAACCAGGAGCUAAGGCAUUGGUCCCACUGCACACUGCUGUAUUCUUGAGGUGCUGGCCUUUUUGGCUACAGUUGUGCUUGCCUGAUCUGCCUCCGAUCAGGUUUCCAAAAGCCAGUCUGACUCCUUUUCUUUUCCAAGGGUAUCCCUGAAAAAGAAUUGAUUACAAAAUGCAAAGAAGCUGGGCUCUAGGCUGAUGGAAGUUCUGAUUAACCUGAAAGAAGCACCUGUGCAGAAAUAAUGUCUCUUCUUGACCCUCCCUUUCUUCCCAUGUAACUUGUCAUGGUCUUGUGCACCAAAUCCAGGUAUAAAUGUUGUUUAACACAGGGUUAGGAGUUAGGAAGACUCUGAGUUAUAAUUAUGGUUCUGCUGUUGAUGCUCAAGGUCACAUAGGACAGCUCCCAGAAUUUAUUCCUUCAUUUUCCAUGUGCAAAGAGUUUUCUCUGCAUCACAGUGGUGAGCAAACGAGCCAAGGUUUGAGCAGUGACCUAACAGAAGUUGCUGUGUGUGCUGAACGUCUGUAGAAAGGCUGCUCCGAAGAGCCCAAGCCCCACACCAGACCUGCAUUCUAGGAAGCACUACAGCUGCCUCCAUCGUCACUGCGGUGCUGGAGCAGGACUGACCACCUCAGCCUGGGACCUAUGGCCUCUGCAGGAGCUCCAUCUGUAGUAAAUGUGAAUGUGGCCACAAACUGCUGCUGCGUGACAACUCACCUUGCCCAGGUGCUCCUAGUCCAGGCCCUGCAGCUGGUGCAUCACUGAAAUAGGCCGCAUUCCUGUUGUGGUUCUGUGUAGAAUUCCAGAGCCUUUUGUAAGUACCUGGAUUUUGGAGUGGUGUUCUAAAUCCUCCUGAUGUAGCAGGCCCAGCUUCUCUUCUGUAAGAAGCCUCUUUUUUGUACUUGCUCUCCAGCAUUCCAAACCAGGGAUGAAUAAUCAAUGGCUUUCUCUUUAUAGCACCAGCACUUUCUAAACUAAGAGCACGUUGAUGUGGACUUGAUGUUUUGCUAUUAAUCUGUGUUGGGAAGACUGAAGAACAUACUCUUCUCCAUUGGUGUUCCCCCAGAAUCCCUGGAAUUAGGUAUGAGUCCCAUUUAAAAGGGAAAACCAUUGAAAGCCAAUCCAACCCACCUUCAGACUAAAGCUUCAUGGAAUUGCUGUUGCUGUACUGGUCAGUCAGGGGACAAGUAGAAACAGGACAUUUCAGAAAGGUAUCAGAACAUUUUAAAGUACUGAAAUCUAGGCUGCGAUGAGGCAUCCUUGUAAGCUGCCAAGCAAGCCGAGCCAGAGCUGGCUUUCCAGUCAGCAUAGCAACUCACUGGGAUUGCAGUCACUGACUAGCUAACAGCUCAUGGCCAAGCCACCAGGAAAAUGUCUGUUGGACUGAGGCUUUGUUCUGAAAGACAGCUUGGUGUCCUCAGUGUUCAGUGGGCACCUGUCCCAGGGAGCUCUAGUUAUGACAUUGAACUCCAAAACCCAAGUCCAGAACACAUCCUGUUUUUAUCUCCACUCUCUUCAGCAGGUCGAAUUUUGACCAUGUGUAUUUAAUUCUGAACACUACAGGAUCUGACCUGAUAAAAGAAAAGCCUUGAACUAAAAAAGAAACCUAAACCACUAACAGUGCAUUUUGCUUGUCAAAGGAAGUGCUUACUGUCAUGAGUGCACUGAAUGGAAGCCACUCACUUCUCAGUGACAGGGAGGGGACAGGGAGACAAUUGGACAGGAAGGUAACGACCCUGACGUGAUCAUUCUAGAUCAUCCUCGUGGAGCUGGCAGAGAUUUGCUCCGGCACAGUGAGUUGCAGACUAGUGCCAGCAGGAGGCUGGGCAGAUUUCUAGCAGUGUUGUGUUUUCAGAGCUUUUUGCUUCCUUAGGGGCAUGUUACUUUGUUCUGGGUAGCAAUUUAAUCUACAUGCAAAUUCUUUCUAUUCUGUCUUUUGAGAGAUGCCUGCUUCACGCCCAGCAGAAGACAGACCCCAACCAAAAACUCAGCCUCCUAAAUUGAGUUCCAAGGGCCCUGAGCUGCAGCCUCACUUGUUUCUGUGGUGUUGCUAAUUGACAUAUCAGUGUAUAGCAAAGAGUUCUCAUUCUGGGCCAGUGCUCCUUUCUUUCUUGUCUUGGUGGGACCGCAACCCAGAGUUGGAGUCAGUGCACCUUUCAGAUAGGAAGGGAGCUUUAGUUCAUACAUGUUUAGAUAAUCAGAGCUGCAGUAUUGCUUUGUAUAAUAGGAGUCUAAACAUUAAAGAUAGACAAAAAAGGUGCUUGUAGGUGAGUGAGUGAAAGGAAUAUGACACACUACAAACCACUUGCAUACAUGUUUAAGUGUUGUGUUGGCUGUAGGAGCGCAGGCUUACCCUCAGGCUUUUUUGUUGCCUGGAUUUUUAUCUUUACAUACUGUUAACCCACAGCAAAUGCAAGGUGAAGUGAUUUAGUGUGAACUUACUGGGUUAAGUGACACUACCUCGCAUUUGUCACGUGUUAGAUGUGUGCAAACAGGCUUAGCAGCGUGGGUCACCUGCUGCACGGUUACCUGGUGUGUGUGAGCACUCAGUCUGAAGUGAUGACAUGGGAAACUGAUAGCAGAACCAGAAACUGAACACAGAAUUUUCCCUUCUCUCAAUCCAGUGCCUUAACUAUAGUAGGGCAAAGUAUUAUAUGUGGGGGGUGAUUGUUUUGUUUGUUUUUUAAAGCCUAGAACUGUAAGAUGAUGUGGAAUUGGUCUUCCUACCAAUCUUUUGAAUAAUUGUGAAUGCCCAGUCACAGUUUUAGAGCUGUUUGAGUGCCAGUGACUUAGGGAAUAUUUGUUAUUUCCCAUGUAUUCCCUGAAAUUAUUGUUCCUCCCUCAACUGCUGUCAGCAGUAAGGAAUGACUUGAAUAGAAGAGCUGUGUAACUGAAUGUCUAACUCAAUUAAUUGGUAGUAUGAAAGCUAACCUAGAUUUUGUAGGCUCUGUUGUAACUUUAGUGUCUUGUUUUUUCACUAAAUCUCUGUUCUUAGCAAUCAGUAUCUGAACUUAUGUCUUGAGUCUGGAGUGGAGUACCACUUUCAGCUUAAACUUUUUUUAAGGUGCUUGCUUGAGGAAGUAGAUGCCAAAGUAAACUUCAGAGGAGCUCCAGACUUCAGUGUUGGAAGAAUGAAUGGAGAGCAAGAGCUCUAUUUGGGUUUCAUGAGAGACAAAGUAAAGACCAGCUACCAAAAUUCUGAGUAAUGAAACAGGAAAAGCUUUUCUUUGCCACCUACAAAAAAAAUCGGACACUUUCACUUGUUCAGUGUGGCAGAACCUCUGAGAGCAAGCACCAAACAAAACCACCAAAUGUGUUGGCUUCUUCAGCGUUAUGAAAACAACAGCAGCAUGGACAGUGGAAUCUAAGUUAAUCCAGCUGGGUCCCAUUCACCUUUUGCUGGGCACGGUACCUGAGUGACAGUACCUGACUAGAACAGCUCCCAGUCACUGAGGUGAUGCUCUCAAUUCCACCCCGAGAGACAAAACAAAUGAGAAAAGAUGGAGACAAUCCAGUCAGAAAACUUAAAAGGGAAACCAGAUUCUGGAACAUUCCCAUGUCUCCUGAGAGAGUGCUGUUUUUUAUCCCGAACAUCAUUUUCAAAACAAGAUCCUUCAGCUGUCAUGAACGAGCCUUUGGGAACAGAUUUGGCUUUCAUCCCAAUCUGCUGCUCUGUCCCUGUCAGAAGACAUUGGGUUCUGGAGCACUUUCUGAGCCUGAGCAGAGCUCCUGGGGUGUAGCCUGAGGCAAUGCUUGCUGUUGCAGAGUCUGAAGCAGCAACACUGGCCUAAUGUUUUCUGGCUUGCUCUCUUCACACCCCUGCCCUCCAUACGUUCCUACAUCAACGUGGUACCUACUCGAAUGUCUAGAGCUCUGCAGAUAGCUGUGUUAGCAGCUAUAAAGCAGAGCAGAGAACUGUUUGGCUGAAACCCCAACAAUUUAAAAAUAGUAAUGUGCCAUAACUGCAGAGUGGUGCAGAACAGGAGUGUGAGCCCUGGCUGGAAGGGGUUGUGGUGAUGGCUGGAACAGCUGAAGCAGGUUAGUGAAAAACCACAGCUCUUUGCUCUGUGGUGGCAGAUGAUGACUGCCUGAUUAUCCUCUCCAGUCUCUUCCUGUGCUUUGUUCCCAGCUCUGAAUCGAGGUGAUGAUAAGCACUGGGUAAGAAUGUUCCAAGAUCUGAAUGACCUGCCAAAUUGUGCUGCACAACUGUGCUGCAAAUCUCAGCUCCAAACAUUUGGCCUCUUUGACUUCAGGGGUAAUGCCAAGGGAAACAUUUGGGCACAAUCGGUCCUGAAAGGUGAAAUAUUGACAUUAAUUUACAGGCUGCCUGGCAGCGUUGAUCUGCUCUCAGGGUUUAUGUGAAUGAAGCUUUUCCUGUGCAGCCUCUCUACUUGCAUUGCAGUUUUGGAGACCUAGAAGUUCUGUGAGCUGAGAAGUGCUGAAGGAAGCAAGUAGCUGGUGUCUCACUGACGUUCCAGUGACUCCAUUCUAGCUCCUGGGUUCCACAUGGACCGUGGGGUCACCUCAUACAGCCACUGGCAGCCAUAAAUGCUCUUGAGCUUCCUGCAGUCACAUAGUGAGCCUGGGUAAGUGCUUCUGUAAUAAAUCAGUCUUGUGCUUGCUAAUAGCUCUUUGGCUGCUGUGUCCAAACCAGUGCCUUCUCCAGGCAAUUUUUACAUGCCCUCUGCAAAGUUGUCAGACUGACUGCUGGCUCCUAAAGAAUCGACCAAGCCUUGCUCUUGGGCUUAGAAUUUUUCUUCAGUACUGUUGUGAUCUGAAAAUUUGCUGCACUCAGUGCAAAUACAGAGUGUAAGAGAGAAAACAGAAAGCUGUUCUCAGAUGUCCUGUAGAAUGAACAACUGAAACAUAAGUGUGGGAAGAGCCAGGAAAGUGGCAUUUUCCCUGGCUGCACACCAUAUGGAAGAGACAGUGCCUUGGAAGGGAAGGAGCAGGAAAGUUUGCCAUUGGCUCUGAUGAAUCCCAAUCCUGCUUCUACUGAAGUUGUUGGGGAUCUUCCAUUGUCUUCAGUGUGAGCAAGAAAGGAUCUUAGGUGAGGAUGGAUGACUCUUUCCCUACUUGAAUGAAGUCUCUUGCCUAUUUAUGGGCCUGCUUCUGUUGAAACCGAGCCUGUUUUAGCCUUUUUGGGUUCCUAGGGACCUGUUUGUAUAAAGCAACUUACCUACCUAUCUUUUUUUUUUCUAUUUGUGUGUAUUUUUUGUAUGCUCUCUUGGAAGGUGAAGCCUCUGUAGAAGGGGAUACAAAAACUGAUCUUCAAAUAGUAAUAAACCAAAAGAGAAUUAAA